CCAGCACGCGUGUGGGCUCGAUCCGCUCGGGUGCUCUCCACGCCUGUCGUCUUUCCUGGUCCCCGGGUGUGUGGAUCCUGGCGCGCUCCCACCCUCUCGGCCAUGGGGGUCCCCAAGAGGAAGGCCCCGGGCGGCCAGGACGGAACGGCUUCCCCCGCGGGCGCAGCCAAGCGGGCCCGCACCGAAGAGCUCACGGGCGUGCGCUUCAAGGCCCAGCUGAGGGACCCGCAGGGCGCGGGCCCGGCCUUGGAAGCAUUUGUCUCUGCUGCCAAGAAGCUACCACGAGAAGAUGUAUAUGACGUUGUGGAAGGGUACAUAAAGAUUUCUGUUGAGUGUGCGGAGAUUUUCCAGCUCCUGAGUGGGGAGAAGCGACCUGAAAGUGAAAUGCUAUUAAUAUUUCAAGCUUUCGAGGCCAUACUAUUGCGGACAGCAGGCGAUCUUUCCCAUUUUCAUGUUGUGGGUACCAACAUCGUGAAAAAGCUGAUGAAUAACCACAUGAAGCUCAUCUACGAGUCCCUCUACGCCUCGGGCUACAGGAUGGCUCGAGCCUGCCUGAACCUGAUGGCUGCCAUGGUGACCCAGGGUCCUGAGGCCGCCAGGGAUGUCUGCAGCCAUUUUGAUUUGAAUAAAAAGACCUUGUACACCUUGGUGACCAAGAGGGAUUCAAAGGGCGUGCAUGACGUCCGCCUGGCCUACAUCCAGUUCGCCCUCUCCUUUUUGAUUGCGGGGGAUGACAGCACCAUAGUGCAAGUGCUGGAGUUGAAAGAAUUUAUUCCUUGCAUUUUUAGCUCAGGCAUAAAGGAAGAUAGAAUUUCCACCGUCAAUAUUUUGUUAUCGACACUGGAGACAAAGGUUGUUCACAAUAAAAAUAUCACGAAAACCCAGAAGGUGCGUUUCUUUACUGGGCAGUUGUUGAACCAUAUAGCAUCUCUCUACAGCUGGAAUGGGAUUGUUGACGUGAACCUGGAAAAUGUCAAGGCUUCUACUGAAGACGCGGGCAAGACCAUGGUGAGGGAGCUGGUUCAUAGCUUCCUGAUGGAUCUCUGCUGUUCGCUCAAGCACGGGAUUAAUUUUUAUGAUGCUUCUCUUGGUACCUUUGGCAGAGGGGGAAACCUGACACUCCUGCACUUCCUGCUGGGUUUGAAAACUGCGGCAGACGAUGAGCUGGUGGCUGAACUCGUGGUGAACAUCCUUAAAGUGUGCCCGGACCUACUGAACAAAUAUUUCAAGGAAGUAACGUUUUCCUUUCUCCCCAGAGUGAAGUCCACUUGGUCAAAUAACAUCAAACUACUAAACAAGAUCUAUGAGGCCCAGCCUGACAUUUCCCGGGCAUUUCAGACCAGAGAGUUCAUCCCGUUGCCUCGGCUCCUGGCAAUGGUGAUGGUGACCACCGUGCCCCUGGUGUGCAAUAAGAUCAUGUUCACCCAGGCGUUAAAUUUGGACAGCAAAUCAGUGAGACACACAGCGUUCUCCCUUCUGGCCGUCAUCUUGAAGAGAGCAUUAAAAACCAUUGACUACUGCCUGAAUAAAGAGGUGUGGCAAGAGUCAGGCGUGUACACGGCUGCGAUGAUGGAAGAGUUUGUGCGGCUCUUCAGAGAAGCUCUGAGCAAGAUUUUACCGGACCUGAACACCAUCGUGUGGGUCUGGCAGUCACUUAGAAAACAAGACGCAAAACAGGACGACGAGAAAGGAAAGCAAAGGGGCGAUAGGACUCCUGCUGCCUGCGUGGCUCCCGAGUGUGACGAUGCAGAAACCAUUCUCUUGAAAGCUGUUCUGCUCCAGGUCAUAUGCCUCUACCAGAAGGUGGUCCCACACGUGGUCAUGCAGUACAACUUUGAUUUCAGCAAGCUCCUGAAAGGCAUCAUCUCCGAGCAGGGCCUCCGAGAGGAGGCGCCUCCCGUCCUGCAGCACCACAUGCUGCGGGUGGCCCUGGAGCUGCCCGCCAGCAAGUUUCUGUGGCUGAAGGCGCAGGAAGGCCCAGAUGCAGAGAUUAUCGGAGGAGAACGAUCCGUGUUUUACUUACUGAUGAAAAUGUUUGUGACCAGCAGCCACGUACAGCUCAAGUCAUCCACCAAACUGCUCAUCGUGAAGAUCCUGCAGGACACGGGCGUGUUUGAGCACACCUGGAGGGAGCUGGAGCUGUGGCUGGAGCACCUGGACAGCACCCAGGAGGAGGAGAGAGAAACCGUGAUUCAGUUUUUGGAACGAGUUUUAUUGACGUUGGUGGCAAAUCCCUAUUCAUACACAGACAAAGCAUCUGACUUUGUCCAAGAAGCCAGCACACUGCAGGCCACAGUGACGAAGCAGGACGCGGAUGAUGUCAGCAUCCCUGUCUCCCACAUCGACGACGUUCUCGACAUGGUGGAUGUCCUGGUGGAGGGCAGCGAAGGCUUAGAUGAGGAGAUUGGAUUCUUACUGAACGAAGACAUGAUCCUGCUCACAUUCCCGUUCAGUGCUGUGGUCCCCGCAGCCCUGGAAGCCAGGAACAAGUUGCUUCUUGGGACAGAAAGUGAAGCAGGAGAAAGCAUCGUGGCGUAUCUGACGGGGGUGCUCACGGACCUCCUCCACACCCAGAGAGACCCUCUGGCUCUGUGUCUCCUGCUUCAGGCUUAUGACAAGUUAGAGCCUCCACUCCCGCCUUGCUGCCGUCAGCUGUCCUGGUUCAGCAGAUACUACAGCCUCUGGAUCCCAGAGCCAGCCCGCGAGGCCUUGCCGCUGCAGACGCCGGGCAGCCCUGCCCCCCGGGAGGCUUCGGCCCCCUCCUUCGCCACCCUGCUGCGCACGGCCUACGAGAGCGAGGGGGCACUGCUGGACGAGCGGGUCCAGGCGCAGCUGCGGGCCGCCCUCCCACGCCUCCCACUGCCCCAGGGCCUGCGGGCCGCCAAACAGCUGCUGCUCUACGUCAGGAGCACCGUGGAGAGCUUCAGCCAGCUGGGCGGAAGCGCGGGGCCUCCCCGCCUGCAGCUCCUCCUGGAUCUCCUCAGGAGCCUGGUCGUCCACUGUGAGCAGCUGGACGCCCAGAACCAGCAGAGGUGCGAGGCCGCCCAGGCUGAAUCCGACCUCUUUUUGGACAUGGAGUCCAUGGCCUUGCUGGAGCUGGCCAAUGACAAGACGCUGGAGGAGGUGCUCGUGGCCAUCCUCAGACAUCCCACACUGGAGGGCUGGUACCUGGCCCUGGAGCAGCAGGCCCUUCCUCCGCACACCCUCAGCCCCGUCCUCGUGAAGCUCCUGGCAGGCCACCUCAGUGCCGGGGUCCUGCAGCUGCUGAUGGUGAGCGCCCCGAUCCUCCGGAACACUGGUCAGCUGGGACUCCUGGCCAGAUACUCAGAGGCCAUCACCCAGAGCGUGUUGAAAGAGCUGCGAAUCAGGAGGGCUGGCCCGGCCACGUCACCACCAAAGACCCUGCCACAGCUCGAGGCCCUGCAGGGGCUGCAUCCAUACAUGGAGGAUGCCCAGCUCCGAGAGGUCAUCCUGGCCCUGCUGACCCUGCCCGAGGCCCACCUGGUGGCCCACCAACCCAUGAAGUCCCCCAGGAAGGAGAGACGCUUGAACAUUCUCGGCAACACCCUGGUCCAGCUAUUGACCAGCGGCCGCCAGGAUCAGCUGCUGAGCGGCGAGCUCCUCUGGGCCUCCGAGUACGUGAAAGGCCUGGGGGCUUUGCUCCCCACGCUGGCCGUAGACGAGCUGGAUGCUGUGUUCCUCCACACUCUGCAGAGAGAGCCUGUGCUGGCCCCCGUGGUCGGGGUCCAUCUGCUCGACUACUGCCUGGCCCGGCGGACGCAGGCGUCCCUCAGCAUCGCUGCCCUGCUCCUCGAGCAGAGCUGUACCCACCUGCUGCGGUUUGAGCUGUGGUGCUGGCAGGCCGGCACGGGGCACUGCCUACGAGAGGGCCUCGACGACUUCCUCCCCCUCGUCCACGUGUACCUCCAGUGUAGGACUCAGGGACACUUCACGCGCCCAGCAGGAGUGUCCUCUGCUGUCAUUCCCGUCUUGAGGAAGGCCCUGUGGAGGCAGUUGCAGGCCAGGCUUCUCAGUGCUGACGGGUCCCCCAAGUCUGGGUUGCAUCAGGAGAUCCUGGCCCAGCUGGUCCCGUUUGCAAGAGCCAAGGACCUCGGUGUCCUCAUGGACCAUUUGCCCAGCUUGCUUCAGACUCCAGACAGUCACAGGAGCUGGAUCGUGGCUGACUCUGUCACAGCAGCCCUGAAAGGGUCGGCAGAAGAGCUGCACACCUGGAAAAAGACUCUGCUGGAGUCCUGUGUAAAGUGGCUGAUCAUGUCUUUCACUGGUAGCCAGCAAGCCAAUGACAAUGCCCAGGAUCAAGAGAAGCAAAUGCUGCUCAGAUUAAAUGAGCUGUUGAAUUCAGUUAAUGAAGUUGAUCCUGGUGAUUGGCAGAAAUUUGUGAAGGCCGGACUCAAAUUUCGGUAUCAGGACCAUACAUUUUUGAAGGCCCUCCAUGCUGCCAUACAGCUCUUGUACCUUCCAGAAAGCUCUGUGGGCACGAAGCUCAUCCCACUCCGCAUGGUCCACAUGAUGCUCACACAGCAUUCUCUGUUUCUGCCAACUCUGCUGAGGUCUGAAGAAGAGGAAAACCCAGACCCUCGUGUGAAAGAGGCGCUGGUGGACCUGAUGUCGGUGGUGGUGAGGAUGUGCCCCUCUGUUUGUGAGAGCAGCCACUUCGCAGUGCUCCUUGGGGCCUAUGGCGCCUCUCUCAGCGUCCUGGACCAGAAGAUCUUGCUCCUCCUCCGGGCGUACGAGCAGAACCGCCUGAGCCUCGUGGACUUCAGGGUGCUGCUAUGGGGCCCAGCGGCUGUGGAGCAUCACAAGACAUGCCGGAGCCUGGGCAAGUCGCUGUGGCAGCAGCCGAGCGUCGGGGACAUCCUCCGCCUGCUGGAUCAGGACCGGAUGAUGAAGACCAUCCUCCACUUCCCCCAGAACCGGAGGCUGCUGCCCCCCAAGGACACACAGGAGCCGGUAUUUAAAGACAGGAGCACAGUGGAGCUCGAUGGCCUGUACGACCCCUGCUUCCUCCUUCAUCUCUUCAGUGAACUGACCAGGCCAGAAUUUGUAGUGGAUUGUCGAAAAUUCUUGGAUUCGAAUGCUCUGGGCCUGACCGUGGCGGCCCUGAGCAGCUAUGACCCGCAGAUGCGAGCCGCGGCCUACUCUGUCCUGGCGGCCUACUACUCGCACGUGGAGGGGGCUCGGUUCCGCGAGCAGUCCCAGCUACUGUACCUGUUGGACGUAGUCCGGAACGGGAUCCGAACUCAGAACAUGAGGCUCACCUUUACCUUGACUCUCUUCAUCGCCAAAGCAGCCCUGCAGAUUUUGAAACCAGAGGAGCACAUGUACUUGAAGAUCAACAAGUUCCUGCUGUCACACGAGUACCUGAACAUGAGCAAAGUCCCCGGCUUCUUCCAGUUCUUCUUCAGCUCUGACUUCGAGCAAAAAACGGAACAGGAGUGGCUGUUUGGAAUUCUUCGGCAGGGGAUUCGAGACAGAUACUGCUAUGAGCUCUGCGCCCGGCGAGGGGUCUUCCACAUCAUCCUGUCCUUCUUCAGCAGCCCACUGUGUGACGAAGUGGCCCAGAAUUGGAUUCUGGAAAUUCUACAGAAUGCUGCCCGGGAUGCCAAGUCUGCCUAUGAGUUCCUACGGGACUAUAGCCUUUUGACAUGGAUUUUACACAUCCUUGAGAGCAAGUUUCUGGAGACCCAGCUGCUCUCCAACAUAAUCUCCUUGCUGCACACCCUGUGGGUGACCAACCUGGGGGACAAAGGAGUGGAGCGGGAGAGCCAGCCUCCUUGCAAGGCUGGGCCCCAGGAGCCCCCGAAGCUGCUCGCCCUGCAGUUGGUCAAUGAAUUCCUUUAUGUUUUCAUUGUGCUCACGAAGCACCUGAGGCCCGCCUUGGCCUCCGCCCAGCUGACCAGCUUCUUCGAGGCGCUGGGCUCUGUGCUGAGGUACAGGGCCACUGUCCUGCAGGCCUUCAAGGACAUGAACCGCUUCACCGUGAACGAGACCGUGCUAUCCACCAGGGAUGUCCUCAUCCUCAUGCACAAAUGGAGCCUCAUCGAGCGAGACGUCCAGCUCCAGGAGGCCCUGAGAGCGGCCGUUGAGAAAUACCAAGUCAAGGAGCUGCUGAAAAUGCUCAAGGAUAAGAACAAGCCCGUCACGCCAGCUCGAGCCAAGGGCCCACGGGGCCGGAAGAAGAGGCUUGGGGAGGCAGAGGAGGCAGCCGACCCCGAGCUGGACAUGUCCAGCUUGGAGACAUGCAAGGGCCUCCUGAGGUCCAUACUGACCCACUGGGGGCCAGUGUUCCCGAACCCUGAAGCCGCUCAAGAGCCUGAGGACCAGCCCACCCCCCAGAGCGCUGCACCAGACCCUGUGCACGCCACCGCCUCCCUAGUGGUCAGCUGGGUGCUGCGGUCAGUGGCUGAGCACCCUCUCAGCAGGACAGAGGCUUCCAGACUCCUUGGCUGGCUGAAGAGCCAUAUUUUGCCACAGCCGGUGGUCGUGGCCGACCUUCUUAAGGACAGCGCCGUGAGGAGUGGCAUAUUUAAGCUGUACAGCCGGCUCUGCAGUGCCGAGAGGCUGGCGGGGCCGGAGCAGCAGGUGGCCUGCUUGUUCAACACAGUCAUGGUGCAGCUGGUGGCGGCCCGGGGCCCAGCGGGAAGCCCCUUCCACCCAGCGGUUGCAACCCUCUGCCUCUCUUCCCUGAGUGAGGAGGAUGAAGCCACGCGAGCCGCCGCAGCCUUCCUGGUGUCUCUGUACGUUAAGGACGUCUGGCUGGGGGCCCAGCAGCCGGACACCCUCUUAGCCCACGUCCGGAUGAUCUCCGACGCCUCAGAGGGUGCACCAGGUGGUAACCAGGAUGCCAUCGUCAUGCCCUGCAAGGACAUCGCUGCCGCUGCCCCGGACUCUUGAGUCCCUGCCGUCCCGCGCCUCCAGCACUGGGUUCUAGAAGUUCAGUUGAUCAAGGGUUUCCAUGGAAAACAUGCAAAGUGACAAGUUCCGUAUAUUGACUCAGUUUCCUGACAAGAAAAGUUGACUGUAUUUUGUUGACCGAUAAUUUUAAGCUCCAGGGACUGUGUGUGGGACAGGGUCAGAGUUAAAGUGGGCGUGGGGUCCUUUGGGGCCACAAGCCCACCCAGCGUUGAGUUGGGGAAGACCCUUCCUCUCAGGGCUUUGUCAUUCUGCAGAGGAGGCACCGCAGGUUGAGGUGGCGCAUCUCCGCGCCUGAGGGCUCAUGGGUACCAAAGCUGGAAUGUCAAAAACUGUAUCAGAUAGAAGAGCAUGAAGGGAGAUGUUAAAAGUUUCUUUCUUUAACGAGUCCUUACAGAGCUUUGUAUAACAUUUCAAAUAGAUAAAUUCCUGCCAGUAUUUGUUAAUUAUUUUAGUAAAUAAAAGGAUGUUUUACACUAAAUCCUUAAAGUAUAAAAUUGAUUUGACCUCUGCUUUGGAAAGGCAACCUGUAUUUUUCAAAGCUGUGUUUCAAAGAGGAGAUUUUGAGUUUUAUAACUUCUUGUUAAUAAAUGUCUAUUUUUGUUA